AUGCCUUCGCACCACGCCCACGACGAGGACCGCCAUGCGCCUCAGCACUACGGCCAGAUCAUCGAGUACAUCCAAGACCGUCUGUACCUCGCUUCAUACACCUCGACUCCCAACGCCCAAACUCCCUUCCCCUACCCCGCCUCCAGGGAACGAAGGUCUCCGAGCAAGCGCUCCGCCAAGGCUCAAUCGGGCCCGACCUCGCCGUCCAAGGCACACCCGCCGCCCGUCUACUUUUCCGUUGAGCGCACCCUUCUGUACAACGCCUUCCACGCAGACUUUGGCCCGUUCCACAUCGGCCACCUCUACCGCUUCGCUGUCCAGCUCCACGAGGUCCUGGGCGACCCCAACAAUGAAGACCGCCCUGUUGUCUUCUGGAGCUCUGCCGAUUCGAGGAGUCGCGCUAACUCGGCCUGCCUUCUCGCGUGCUACAUGGUCCUGAUCCAGAACUGGCCCCCGCAUCUUGCGCUUGCGCCCAUUGCGCAAAUGGAUCCCCCGUGCAUGCCAUUCAGAGAUGCAGGCUACAGCCAGGCCGACUACGUCCUCAACAUCCAGGACGUUGUUUAUGGCGUGUGGAAGGCAAAGGAAGAGGGCAUCUGCAGCCUGAAGGAUUUCAGCCUUGAAGAGUACGAGAAGUACGAGCGUGUCGACAUGGGCGACUUCAACUGGAUUUCGCCAAACUUCCUUGCAUUUGCGUCGCCGCAAUUCGCACCAACCCACGUCAUUCCCCCUUCAUCGCCGAUCUAUGCUACCAUUCCGAAGACAGUCGCGGAACUGCAACAAGCUAAGAUCCCGACUCCCUUCAAGAAUGUCCUUAGUCAUUUCUCCACCCGCAACAUUGGUCUCGUGGUCCGUCUCAACUCGGAACUCUACUCUCCUUCCUACUUCACCGCUCUUGGUAUCCAGCACCUGGACAUGAUCUUCGACGAUGGCACAUGCCCGCCUCUUAACCUUGUCCGCAACUUUGUCAACCUGGCUCACGAGAUGAUCACUGUCCGUAAGAAGGGCAUUGCCGUGCACUGCAAGGCUGGUCUGGGACGCACUGGCUGCCUGAUUGGAGCAUACCUUAUCUACAAGCAUGGUUUCACCGCGAACGAGAUCAUCGCUUUCAUGCGUUUCAUGCGUCCUGGUAUGGUCGUUGGACCUCAGCAGCACUGGCUGCACCUGAACCAGGGGACUUUCAGGGAGUGGUGGUUCGAGGACUGCAUGAAGGAGAAGCUUGCCGCUCUGCAGCCGGCAACUCCCACCAAGGGCUCGGCGAGACAGCGUCUUGCCAGCAAUGGCCAGACGCACACUCCUCCCAACAACAGCCCGAAGCGUUCUGCUCUGGGAGAGAUCUCAUCGAACGACCAGCGCGCGACAUCCAUGUCGGGAAAUGGAGUCCACGACGAAAAUCUUCCCGCACCUACACCAGGUCAGCCACGAAAAACAAGCAAGCUUUACGGCACUGGUAGUACCAGGCACAAGUCACCGCGGCGAGUACAGGAGGAAGAGCCAUACAUACUCCCGGAUGUUGAGGCCGAAUCCUCGCCGACCAAAGGAAUCUCGCAGGACGGACCUGAGGAAGACGAGGAGGCGCAACUCCGACUGUUGGCCAAGCGCGCCGCCUCAAGGUCACCGAGCGCGAAGUCACCCAAGUCUGUAGGGAGCAAUACCAAGAGGAGGGCUGUAAGCUGCACCACCACGACAACAACCUCGACAACUACGACUACCUGGAACGGCAACGAGAGCGAUGUCGAGAACCGAUCUCUACGUCCAAAGACACCGUCAGGAAAAAGUGGCAGCGGGUCUGGGGCGAUCAGCGUCGGAAAGACAAGGAGCACUCCAGCAAGACGCAGCACCGAGGCCAAGACAGGUGUACGAAAGACGAGCGGCAGAGUCGGGAGCUUAGGCAGUGCAAGGGUCAAAUGA